AUGACGAUAGGGCAGUUUGCUCCGAGAUUUAGUGGAUAUGCGCAGCAGGACUCACAAGAACUUUUGGCGUAUGUCUUAGACGGUUUGCAUGAAGACUUGAAUAGGAUAAAAGUGAAACCAUAUGUUCCGGAUGACGAAACCUUGGAGAGACUUGAGGAGCACGAGCAAGCCGAAAAGUCUUGGCAAGCGUACAAGGCUCGCAAUGACAGUAUUAUCGUUGACCUUGUUCACGGCCAACUGAAGUCGACUUUGGUUUGUCCUGUUUGUGCCAAGGUCAGCAUCAAGUUCGACCCGUUUUGCUUCUUGUCGGUUCCUCUGCCACCGAAGGAGAAGGUCAGACAAGUCGUAACUUUGAUUUUCAACACGAAACGCAGAUGGGCUAAGGUAAGUUAA